AGACACAGAGGGUGAGACAGCUGUGAUGUUCCCUGAGAGCUCUGCAGGAUAACAUCAGUCGUCCAUGUUGACAUUGAGACGGACAGAUAACUGCAGACAGGAAGCAGCUGUUGAUGUUGGGAAGAAGCUGGCGGGCAGAUUAAAGAUGGAGGACAGACGAGACUCUGACAUCUGACAUGUAGUCCAGCAGAGGUAGUUACCACAGUGUGCAGUACUUGAGUAAAUGUACUCACUUACUUUCCACCACUGUUUUUCUGACUCGCUCCAUCAAGUUACCAGUCGCCUAGCAACAGAGUGCUCAUGACAUCACACAUUUGAAUGUAAGCACUCAUGUAAACAGAGAGCAGUUCUGUCCACAGUCACACAAAUGCUACAGUUUGAUGUCAGUUUAAAAAGUUCAGGAAAGUUCUGCAGUCAUGGCCGAGUCAGCGCCGGAGAUGAGCUUUGAUAUUUUCAUUGUUGAGGUGGAGUAACAUUACCCCCCGCGGAUGAUGGUGCCCCUGGCAUUUGCCUAUACUGCCUAUGCCCAGGGCCGGCUCUGAUUCUCAGGCAGGUUCUGCUCAUGUGAGGAGACCUGAUGUAAACCAUCAGGACUCCUCCUCCUCAAAGACAGAGCAGAAGGAGGUGAAGACAGAGCAGAAGGAGGUGAAGACAGAGCAGAAGGAGGUGAAGACAGAGCAGAAGGAGGUGAAGACAGAGCAGAAGGAGGUAAAGGAAGAGUUCUUCAGCGCACUGCCUGAUGAGCUGCUCCUGUUUGAGGAGGACACAGGUGACAGCAGCAGUCUGAACUACAACUCCCAGAAUGCCACAGCAGCAGCCCUAGGCGCUUCGUCCAUGCCGGCGCAGGAAGCCUCUUCUGUCCCUCGGCCCACGUCAGCGAUGCCUGAGACCGAGCGACCACAGAUACUGAACGUGAUGUCCACCAUGAAUCUGGGCUGCUGUCUGGACCUGGACUUCAUUGCUCACAGAGCGUGGAACGUAGAGUACAAACCAAACAAGUUCUUCAAGGGGCUCGUCAUGAGGAUCCGUGAGCCGCGGACCACAGCAGUUGUCUACAAAUCUGGGAAAAUUAUGUGUACAGGCACCAAGAGUGUGCAGCAGGCGAGGCUGGGGGCCAGAAAGUGCGCCAGAAAAGUGCAGAAGCUGGGCUUCCCCGUCCGCCCUCUGAACUUUAAGAUCCAGACUAUGACGGCCAAAUGGAAAAUCUUCCCACUCCACCUGCAGCGGUUCAGCCAGCACCAGAACUGCAGUUAUGAUCCAGAGCUGUUUCCUGGCCUCAUCUACGAAGUGUCGCCGGGCAUCACUGCGACCAUAUUUUCAUCUGGGAGCAUUUGUUUGUCUGGUAGAGACACACCAGUCAGUCACACAGCACACAUUGGAUGUUAUGUAACAAUCACCUGCACAUAUCCAAUAGUAGAGGUGGGUAAAAAUAUCGAUCAAUGCAUUGCAACAUAUUUUUUCCUAAUUCAAUAUCGAUUCAGAAAAUCCUAUGAAUCUAUUCAGGCAUGCAGCGGCCCGACCACCCGCUGUCCCUCGCCGGACGCCUCUCGGUCCCCGCCUCCAGCAGCUGGAAGCGUCUCACCUGCGACCUCGCUGGAGGGUCGGAGGCUGACACGCUGCAGAAACACCGUCGGAGCUGCGGAGGAGGGUAGCCGAUGUCUGUCCGCUCUGUCACAGACUGUAAACUCCCAGCAGCCGGUCUCACCCUGGCCGCUGCACCGUGCGCCCGCGGGUAGCUCUCCUCCGGGGAGAGAGGGGGGUUCAGACAGGAUGUGCGCGCAUCUAAAAUGUCCGGUAGUGCCGUCGCAGUGCUGGAAAGGUUCCGCACGCCAGAAAGUAGUGACAGCUGCGAUGUGGUGGUUGCAUGGGUGGUUGGGGUCAGGCCAGGGUGGCCAAUAAGGUGGCCAGGAUUCAGCGUCCCCUGCCACCCCACCCCUCCGCCAUUGAUGGUUCUAGGUGUACCCAGGUCCUCAGGCAGUUUGUACUUCAGAUUUUUUCAGGGUUUUUUAUUUGGAUGAAUCAGAAUCACGUCUCAUCUACAUUAAACAUCCUCUCUUCUGUCACUUUAUC